CUCCACCACCACCAACUUGUAGUUACAGUUGGAGAGUUGAAUGAUUAACCAACCCAUUUUGGUUUGAAAAAUGUGGAAGCAGGCACAAUCUCUAUUCGCAGAAGAAGAAGAUGAAGAGUUACAAGAAAAUCUGUUGUACGAAACCGACGAUCUCUGUUCGUUAUCUUCCACACAGAGAUUAUAUGCGUUUGGUGUCUGUUCGUUAGCUGGGCUCGUCUGUAUGUUCCUGUCGAUGAUUGUGUUUGCCAUACCGAUUAAGUUUGCUGUCUUGUUUACCUUUGGCAACAUGCUGGCUGUUGGAAGCACAACUUUCCUCAUGGGACCUGCACGACAACUACAGAUGAUGUUUGACCCAGUUCGUAUAUAUGCCACGUCUAUUUAUAUUGGGUUCGUUGUUCUAGCUCUCAUUUGUGCUCUUUGGAUUCACAGCAAGUUAUUAACCAUGAUCGCCAUACUAUGUGAGAUAUGUGCUCUUAUCUGGUACAGUUUAAGCUACAUACCGUUUGCUCGUUCAAUCGUCUCAAAAGUGACGAUCCGUUUAUUUGAUACUGAGAUUUAGGUGAAGGGAUUCAAAGACAUUUUGGUUCAUAUUGAUUGUGGAGAACCCAGCGAGUCAUGAUUCUCAUCUUAUGUGUGCCAUUGUCAUAAUCUUUUCAUGAUAAUUUUUAAUUUUUUGUUUCAUUUUGGUGUUGAGUUUCAACAUAAGGGUGUUUGGAUGUGCGUUUUGAAAAUGAAGUGAUUUUCAGAGAAUGAGCGAUACAAACGAGUUGUAAUAGAUAUAGGUUGGAUGUGGUUUUGUUUGAAUUUGUAAUAAUCUAGUAGUAUGCCAUUUGAGUCA